AUGGCGGGCGUAAACAAGACUGUCUUUGUCACUGUCGGCUCGACAAAAUUCGACAAAUUCACCGAGGUUUUGGUCACCCCAGGCGUUUUGAAGGUACUGAAAAGUCGAGGUUACACCCGGUUGAAGAUCCAGUACGGAAAUGGCUCGUUUAUUCCUCCGGACUGCAGUCUGGAAGGUGUGCAAAUCAGCUCGUAUCGGUUCAAGGACUCGCUCCAGCAGGACAUGUCCUCAGCAGAUCUGAUCCUGAGCCACGCAGGAGCCGGCACGUGCCUCGAGGCUCUCGGACUGGGCAAGAAGUUGGUCGUGGUUGUCAAUGAAGACCUGCACGACAACCACCAACUGGAGCUUGCCCAGAAAUUCGCUGAGCUAGGCUAUCUGUUAUUUAACAGUUAUGUCAAGGCUGCAUGUAAGUUUGACUGGCAGUUUGUGCCAGCGAGCGUCCGGGAUUCAUCCAUCCAGACCUCGACAACUCUGGCCGUGUUGAUGCCGAGGGUGUGUCCUUACCACUUGGGAAUGUUUAUGGGUGGAAAGGCCGGAAAAUGUGGCCGACGCGGGAGCAGGGCAUUACCUCCAUAG